UCUUCCUGUCUGCUGGCCUUGGGGUACUUGCUCCUCCAGAUACCUGUCCUGUGACCAGCACCAGCUGGGAGUCCCCACUGGGGACACCAUUCCCCUCAGGUUCCUGCGCCAUGUCCACAGAAACCCAGGCCAUGGCAGAGCCCACUGGGCAGGGCCCCAAGAACCCACGUGUGUCCAGCGUGAUGGUGCAGCUAGAGAUGAAGCCACUGUGGGAAGAAUUCAACCAGCUGGGCACAGAGAUGAUUGUCACCAAAGCGGGCAGGAGGAUGUUCCCGACCUUCCAGGUGAAGAUCUUAGGCAUGGACACGCUGGCUGACUACGUCCUGCUCAUGGACUUCAUCCCACUGGACGACAAGAGAUACAGGUACGCCUUCCACAGUUCGGCCUGGCUGGUGGCGGGCAAGGCCGACCCUGCCACACCUGGCAGAGUGCACUUCCACCCUGACUCGCCAGCCAAGGGUGCCCAGUGGAUGCGGCAGAUUGUGUCCUUUGACAAACUCAAGCUGACCAACAACCUGAUGGACGACAACGGCCACAUCAUCCUCAAUUCCAUGCAUCGUUAUCAGCCCCGUUUCCACGUGGUCUUCGUGGACCCACGCAAGGACAGCGCCCGCUACGCCCAGGAAAACUUCAAGUCCUUUGUCUUCACAGAGACGCAGUUCACAGCUGUGACCGCCUAUCAGAACCACCGGAUCACACAGCUGAAAAUUGCCAGCAACCCCUUUGCCAAAGGCUUCAGAGAGGCUGACCCGGACUCAUGGCCUGUGACCCCCCGGCCUUUGCUCAGUGUCCCUGCCCGGAGUCGUAGCAGCCUUGGUCCCUGCCUGCUUAAGGGCUCUGCAGAACGAGAGAAAGACACCAGCAAAGCUUCAGUUUCCGGUUCCAGGACCCCUACUCAGCCACACCAUCAGCUGCUGCCUGCCCCGGAUGUCCUACUGGCCCCUGCCACCUACAGACCCCUCCCUUACCAGAACCUGUACCCUGGACCCCCAAGCCAUGCCGGGACCUCAAGAGCUCGGCUGGCACCUUACCCUCUCCCCAACAUUAGCACUGCUGGAGACCAGGAAGACCCAAUCCUCACAGCUGGGCUGGGGCUCCUGCCCACCUCUGCCUUGUGCCUGGUGCCUAACCAAGACUCCCAGUGAUGGCCAAGGGCUGUGGAAGCCUCUCACCCUGUGCCCCAGCUCUCCUGCCCUUCUCUGUAAGACAUCUCUUCAGGAGAGCAG